CGAGAAUCGUUGUCUAGCGCGAUGUUCCCCUGCGAUAUUGAUACUGCACGUCACCUCGCUUCGGACUCUGCUUACCCAGCAUCUCCAUCUCCGUGGAGGUGUCUAGAGGCCGAAUCCAGCCUGGCCGCUCGUCAUUUUCGUUCUCCCGGGGUCCAUGAUUCCUUGCGCACAACCUCAGGCCUAGGUCGGAGGGCCAUAUAAUACGGACAGAGCUUGCCCGCUGCAUUUCCCUUUUCUCCUUCUCUCGGUGGUGGGUUUGUCAUUACCAAAACCAGCACCAAAUCAUGGCUGCCAGCGUGAAGAAAGUCGACGUGAUAGCCGACGACGUCGCGGUCGCCAAACGCAGCAGCGAUGUCGAGAUCGUGGAGGAGCCGCGGGUCUUCGAUCCGGAGCUCGAGAAGAGGGUCAUGAAGAAGAUAGACUUCUGGCUCGUGGGCUUUUACUCCUUCGUUUACGUCUUCCGAGUCAUCGACUCGGCCAACUAUACUAAUGCGGCGAUUAUCAAUCUCGAGAAUGGCACGGGUAUCAAGCAGCAGCUUGGCCUGAGUCCUUCGCAGUGGGCCUGGUCGCUGUCCAUAUUCUCGUACAGCUAUAUGGUAUUCGAGCCGUCAAACACCAUCAUGAUGAAGGUCUUAAGACCCUCGAGGUGGAUGUUUAUCCUCAUUCUCGCCUGGGGGGUAUCUGCUUGCUCGUCUGCCGCCGCGCAGGACUUUAAGGGGAUGAUGUGCGUUCGCUUUGCCAUCGGCCUCGCUGAGGCGGGUUUCUUCCCCGCGGUGCUGUACCACAUGGCCUUCUGGUACAAGCCGAAGGAAAUGCCGCAGCGUAUCGCUAUCUUCUACUCGGUAGGGCAGCUGUCUCCAGCGGUGAGCGGUUUGUUGGCGUACGCCAUAGGAUUUAUGGAUGGAUUAGGCGGCCUUGCCGGAUGGCGAUGGCUUUUUUUACUUGAGGGUCUGCCUGCUGUUUUGCUCUCGUUUGUCGCGUUCUGGCUGCCAGACUACCCUGAGACAGCUAAGAUGCUCACCGAGGAAGAGCGCGAGUUUCUCAAGGAUCGCCUCGCCGCGACAGCUCCGACGGGCAAAAAGGGGCAUUGGGAUGCCAAAUCCCUGAAAACGCUGCUCAAGGAUCCUACCUUUUACACCUUCUCGGUUUACUGGAUCUGCCAUGGGAUCGGUGGCUUCGGUGUCGGCACGGCGCUGCCCACAGUUGUCUACCAGUUAGGCUUUACGACGACUUCCAAAUCGCAGUUGAUGAACAUGCCUCCGUACGUCACUGCGUUCCUCUUCUUAAACACGGUGGGCUACUUUCUGCAUAGAAAGGUCAUCCGGCCCUGGACCACAGCAGUAGCUAUUGCUUCAACGAUCAUCGUUUGUUAUAUUGUCUUGUUCACAGUUAACCAGCCGGUGGUGCGGUAUAUAUUCUUGAUUAUUGCCGUUGCUUGCGCCGGUUCCGCGUACCCCGUGAUUUGGCCGGAACGCAUCCGGGCUCUCGAGGGUACUCUCGCAGCCGGGUUUGGUAUCGGUUGGACAAAUGCGAUGGCGCAGUUCAGCGGAAUAGUCGGUCCCCACGUCUACAGCACGGUAUUUGGGCCGACCUACCACGUAUCGUACGGAAUCUGUCUUGGAUUCUUGUGCGUCGAUAUCGCGGCGCUCCUCACCACCUGGUUCAUCAUCCACAGGAGAGAUCGCCGGAGGGAGGCGGAAAAGGCCCGUGAAAGUGAGGUAGCUGUGAUAUAAUCUCAACGCUUCGGUCCGGUCGCCGCAUGUUAUAGAAGGGCAUGGGCCCGAAUUUAAUCAAAGCAUUAGGGUUUUUUGUUACGUAGAUUACGCUCGUGAAAUUCCUUGGG